AUGGCCGAUUUCUUCGGCGACAAAUUCCAGAGCGCUGGCGCCCAGUCCUCUUUGUCUGAGACCCGACCGACGUCAACUCACCGUGAGACCUCUUCAGCGACUAUGAGCCAAGCCGAUUCGGACAACGUUCACCUACCCCGUACGAAGCGCAUCGCAUGUGUUGUUUGCCGGAGACGAAAGCUGAGAUGUGAUGGAAAGAGGCCCAGCUGUGGAACAUGCUCCAGGUUGGCGCAUGAAUGCGCGUACGAUGAAGUGCGCAAGAAGAGCGGUCCCAAGCGGGGUUAUGUGAAGCAGCUGGAGGCGCGACUAGCCCAGGUCGAAAAUCUUCUUAGAACCCAAGAACCGAACACAACUCAACCUCCGGAGACACACACAGAUGUGCCGUCCUCGAUUGAUAAUGAGAUGACUAUUAUCCCGGAUAUCCCUUCGCUCGCAAACGAGAUGAGCAACUCGCUAUCGCCUCCGCAGCCAAUAAUCGAUCAUCAAGCAUCAUCCCAAUUAUAUCUGCCCUCAGACCUAAACACGGCGAGUAGCUUCGGUUGGGACAUGUUGAGUCUGGGACUGGAGGAACCUUUGCCAACCCAGGAUGUCAUUGAUGAAUUGAAUCAAAUCUAUUUCGAGAAAGUACACCCUUCUUUAUCUCUCCUACACCGACCCAGGCAUCUAGCGGCCAUGAACUUAGCUUACAACAUACGACCUCCCGUCUGCCUGCAAUAUAUCACCUGGUGUCAUGCCGCAUCUGUCAGCGACAAGUACUCGAAUCUGCAUGGACUCUUUUACCAACGCGCUCGCAAAUACACUGAAUUGGAUGAAAUGAAGGGUCUCGGGGAGAGUAUUGUUUCAUUAGCACACUGCCAGACUUGGAUCUUGAUCAGCGCAUACGAGUUUAAGAUGAUGUAUUUUCCUCGAGCAUGGCUCAGCAGUGGGAAGGCUACGAGGUUGGCUCUAAUGAUGGGGCUCAAUCGGUUAGACGGGCUGGGCCCUGAAGUGAAGCAAUCGUUACCACCAGCUAGGGAUUGGACUGAGAAGGAAGAGCGAAGGAGAACGUUCUGGAUGGCAUUUUGUGUUGACCGCUAUGCAAGCGCUGGGACAGGGUGGCCUGUCGUGAUCGACGAGAGAGAUAUAUUGACAAACCUCCCUGCGAGCGAAACAUCAUUCGUGAAGAGCAAGCCAGAGCGCACGCUGCGACUGAGCAGCGUAAUACUAGGGGAAGGGAUCCCCACCUUGUCGCCCCUUGCAAGCGUUGCACUGCUAGCAUGCAUGUUUGGCCGAAAUCUGACCCACCUCCAUCGUCCCGAUCCCCAAGACAACGACCAUGACCUGAAUGGCGAGUUCUGGAAACGGCAUAGAGGUCUCGAUAAUAUCUUACUCCAUUUCGCUUUGACUAUGCCUAGUCAUUUGCGACUACCGGCUGGAAUUUCCGAUCCGAACGUAAUAUUCACUAAUAUGGCCAUUCAUACGUCCACGAUUUGCCUGCAUCAAGCCGCCAUAUUCAAGGCGGAAAAGAACAAGAUGCCCAGUCAAAUCAUCACUGAGAGCAAGCGGCGGUGUAUUGUUGCUGCGGACCAAAUUUCAAGCAUCAUGAAAAUGAUCAGCCACACUGAUCUGACUCUUAUGAAUCCAUUCAUGUCUUUCUGUGUGUACGUUGCCGCGCGCGUCUUCGUGCAAUAUUUGCAGUCGCGUCCCGAUGACUCGGCAGCUCGUUCAUCCCUGCAAUUCUUCUUCUCGGCCUUGGACGCUUUAAAGAACAAAAACCCCAUGACAGAGUCUUUCCUUGUGCAGCUUGACGUUGAUAUUGAAGGGUCAGCCUUUCGCGAUAUCCGGCACCCUAAGUUCAAUAGCGCAGCACAGAGUUUUACUAAUGCCACUGCCAAAUGCGUGGCUAUUUUGCCUAUAGCGGGAUGUCAAUUUGGAGACCAUGGCGACACCGGAGGCAACCAACCAGGUCUCCAAACACCUACUUCUCUUCCCAGCCGCCAAAGACAGGCGCCCUUGCAGAAUCAGAAUACGGAGUCGCAGUCGGUCGGAGUCACGCAAGUUUACACUGAAACAGCCUAUACUCUCAGUUCCGGACCGGAAACAGUCGGGUCCGGGAGUGGUACCGAUAUAGAGAUCUCACCGAGAUUCGACGACCAUGGCAAUCUCAUAUCCGAUGGCUCAACGUCGUCCGGUCCGAAAUCAUCCUCAAACACAUCUUACUUGGAAGCAAGCUGCACGUCCUCGCCAAAGGGACAGCAACAAUCGCCCGUGGACUUUCCGAAUCAAGCCUCGCGCAACCCGCUGGACGCUAGAAAGUCCGGGCAGGUCCUGUCAGGCCUCGCAAAUGCCGCGCAAUUUGCAAAUUUGCCCUAUGGAGAUAAUAUUUUCUCGACCGACACUAUCCCGUCAAUAGAUGCCUCAAUGCCGGAGGCGCCUUUCCCCAUCCCUCCAUCAUGGGAUUUCGGUGCUACACAAACUUCCAGCGCUGAUGCCAUCAAUAUUACGCCCGAGACUAUGCGGUCUCUGAGUGAGGGGCAGUGGGCACAAUUGCUCAGUUCGAACAACUGGGAUGCGUGGCGAAAUCAGAGCUAG